UAGGAGCGGGGUGGGGCUUUAGCUGUGCAAGUGCAAUGGGUUGGUGGGCGGGAUUGCUGGCUGGGGCUCUUAAAGGGAGCGAAGUUGCGCGUUGCCCGCGCAGUUCCUGUAGCUUCUUCAGUGCCGUUGCGAUGGCUGGCGUUACGCCGAGGAGGAAUAGUCUGGCUGGCGUUACGGCGCGGCCGUUGGGGGCUUCGGAGCCCGUUGAUCUGGGCUCGUUGCGGGGAAGGGUGUUGCUGGUUUCCAACGUGGCUUCGCUCUGAGGCACGACCACCCGGGACUUCACGCAGUUCCGUGAACUGCAGCGGCGUUUCGGUCCUCAGGGGUUCUCCGUGCUGGCUUUCCCUUCUAACCAGUUUGGUCACCAGGAAAAUUCCACCAAUGAAGAGAUCCUGAAAUCCCUGAAAUAUGUCCGCCCAGGCAAUGGAUAUGAGCCCAACUUUACUGUGUUUGAGAAGUGUGAAGUCAACGGGGAAAAUGCUCACCCUCUUUUCAAGUUACUGAAAGAAUCAUUGCCUUUCCCACAUGAUGAUCCUGUGUCUCUGAUGACCGAUCCAAAAUUCGUAAUUUGGUCUCCUGUGUGCCGCAAUGACAUUGCAUGGAAUUUUGAAAAGUUCCUCAUUGGUCGUGAUGGGGUGCCUUUCAAACGUUACAGCAGGAAAUUUGAAACUAUUAAGAUGCAGGAUGACAUUGAAAAGCUGCUUCAGCAAACCAUCUAGAUUGGACCAGAUAAAAUCUUGCUAAAACUUCCCUGCCUCUCUGCUUUCAUCUAGGUUUUUAAAAAUAUAUAAUGCUACUAUAGGUUUAACUAACUUUCCAGGCUAAACUAAAUACAUAAAUAAUUUGGACAAAGAUCUUUGCAGAAGAUAGUUGCUUAUAUAUUGUAGCAGCAAAGCUGCUCUGAAAUGCAAGAAUCUGCUAAGUUGCUGUGAUAUAAACUAAACCUUUAACUCUUCCUUAAAAGACUUAAGGAUUACUUAAAACAUAUAGUCAUUGGUUUGAAGUUCAUGCACAUUACGUGUGCCAGUGACCUCUGAAGUAGCAGACACAAAAUGUGUGUAUUCACAACCAUUCGGAGAACCAUUCAAAUGUAGGGGCAUAGAACUAAAGUGUACUUAGAAAAAUUAUACAGAGUGAUGUAGCAGCCUUAAAUUUUGUGUCCUUUUUCUGCAUUGCUUGUUUUGCUGUAAUUCAGUAACUGUUUAUUCUGCUAAUAGUCUACUCUCCAUCAAAAUUUUAUUCAUGAUGGUGCUUUUUCUAAAUACGUGAUAAGCACUUGAUGUAUCUUUAAAAUUUUGUAUGUGUAGUUGUGGUAAAUUAUAGCAGGUAAAACAGUUUGAAAUCAGCUGCCUCCAAUGCUGCUGUUUCAAUACUACCUGCACCAAUAAAAUCUUGAAAUUGUUUACUAUUGAGUGCUUUCAAAUUA